AAAUUUGCUGAUUUUGCCGAAAAUGAAGCCCUUUUUAUUCGUAAUUUUGAUGCUUUUUUGCAUCUCGAGCACAAUCGGGGACAAACCGCACAAGAAAUAUUCCAAAGAUGCCAAUAAACGGGACUCUUCUGAGGAGAGAGACGACAAAUUCGUGCGAGAUAUUGAAGAACCAAACUUCAGAACUCUUCGAACUCCCUUCCGAAUGGCAAAAUUGAAUCUUGUUUGGUCAAAAGCGCAACAUCGUUUAACGGAGCCAAAAUUGCGAUCUCUCUUCACCGAAUUAAAGAUUCAGGACAAAGAAGAGCUCGCUUGGAAACAAUUAAACUCGCAACACAAAGACAAAGACGGAUUAAAGGAAGCAGAAUUAAGGAAAAAGUUAGUUGGCAUCAUGUCGACUUACGAUUUGCUCGAACAUUUCGACGAAACGCAAGAUCCCGAAAAGGUAAAGCAUCACAAAGCCUUUUCGGGACCCGUUGACGACAAAUACAAGAACAAAAGUUUGUUCAAAGACAAAAAACUGAACAAAUUAUGGGAAAAAGCGGAAGUUUCGGGAUUUUCGCCGCAAGAAUUGGCCGCUUUGAAGGAAGAAUUCGAACAUCAUCAGCAAAAAAUCGAUUUAUAUUACGAACUUUUGGAUAAAGUUGGCGACGGACAUCCGCCAGCAGCUUCAGACCCGCAUCCCGAAAACAUGGUGAACGACGACGAGCACGAAACAUUCAACGAAAUCAACUUUAAUCUCGAAACAAAUGAAAUUGAAAAAACCCCGAAGAAAGAUCAUUCGCACAAAGUCAACCAAUUACGGGAGAAACAUCGCGAAUUAAAGGACGGUUACGAUCGUUUAGAACGUGUCGCCAGCAAAGGACCCAACAGCGAAGAUUUCGUCGAACCCAAAAUUCAAGGAUUAUGGCGCGUGGCAUUGGCAAGUAAUUUUACUGCUGACGAACUCGCAUCGUUGAAAAUUGAAUUGUUGCAUUACGAAUCGAGACUUUUGAAAUUGAGACAUAUGCACGCUGAACAUGCACUCGUACAAGAAAAACAAAAAGUUGCCAAAUCCGGCGAUAAAGUAGAUCAGCUGAACCAUUUGGAGGAAACUAUCAAGAAACAAACACGCAAAGUCGAGAAAAUUGCAGCUGAGGUAGAGAAAAAAGUGUUUCAACAUACGGAAUUGUAGAAAAAAUUUAAAAAAAUUUAAAAAAAAAUUUAAAAGUCUUCCUGAAAAAGGCAACUAAUGAUAUUCCUAAAGUGUCGUAUUAAUUAAUUCGUCGUCGUUUGUAGAUAAAUUUAAUAGAUAAAACUAGAUUUUUAUAAUUGUUAACAAUUUUUUUAAGCAUUUAUGGCAAUAAUUAGAGUCUCAAGCGUACUAACAUA